UUUUAUUUACUGACUGUUUGGUUUUUUUUGUUGUUUCUUAAGUAAUAUGUACAUUUUAAGUUUCACAACGCCUGUCUUUCAGGGGGCGUCCGUGAGUCUUUUUAGAGUCAGUUAGUUACCUGACUUGCAUUAUCUCAUAGUGGUGCUGUACACAAGUUACAUGUUUUGAGCCUAGGAGACCAUCGUUAUACUGAAGAAAGAAAUUGCUUAAAAGGGAAAUUCUAGGCUUGUAUCAUACAUUAAAAUGUCUGUACACCGUGAAGACAGGAGUGCUAGCUGCUCUUUACAAACUCCUGAACCGAGCAUGUCUGGCAUGGCUGGCUGCCCAGGAACAAGCAACAGCAACAUUGUCCCCAGUUUUGUUGCUAAACAAGUGACUAGUGUUCGAUCAGAGAAAAAAAAAAAAAAAAAAAAAAACAGAAUCUCAACUGUACUGUACAUUCUCUUCCUUAAAUAAUCCUUAUCUUGUUGCAAAAAGCUUGAUUGCUCAGUUAGUUUCUUCUAGUUUAAAAGACCUGGCUGCCAGCUGAUUUGCAUGUACUGUACGGUACACUUUAAACAUCUUUUUAUCUUUUAAGAGCUGUCUGUGUUUUGAAGUCCACCUUUGCCAUUCCCUUCCAGUUGAUCCUAGCUAUAUCUCAUGAAAAUUAAUCAAAUAAAGUGUACGAAAACUUACCCUUAACUUUAAACACUAAUGUAAAAAUAAAAGGCAAACACUGAUGUAAAAGUUAAGAGGCAAGUAGACAUAUGUUUCAGCUAUGUCUGUCAUCCGUGAUGCCUUCAUCAUUACUGCUGUCUGAUUGCAGCUUCAGUAUGUUCUUAACGUGUUUCUACAGCACUUUUCAAACUUGGACUUUUACAACUAACUGAGAUAUUCAGCUUUUAGAGGUGGUUGAAAAGGAUGUUUUUGCUGAAAUUGUUAGCCUAGUAUCUAGAUGGUAUAACCCAUAAAGCUUGGAUCUGACCAGUUCACAAAGACAAAGACCUAAGCAAGUGGUUACAUAAAGUUAACACAGCUACAGUACACACACAUCAUUGAAUUCAACUUGCAAGACAAGAUAUGUCUUGUGUUCUAAAAUGUAUACCGGUAAAUGAAGAGCUCACCCCCUCUCAUUAUCUCUGGGCAAUGUAAGUGUGUUCUUUGUUUCUCUCUUCCUUUCUUGGAAUAGCUGUUUCUGAGUACCACUAAAAGGGAAUAAUGAGUUUCCAAUACUGCAGACUGGUUUCUCUAAGCCUCAUAAUGAGUCUGUACAGUUAACAAUCUCUACAAAACACAGUGUGCUCGAUGCAGGCUGUGAGGUUCCAUUUUUGUGGAGAGCCGUCUAAACUCUUCAUUGGAUAUGCUGUCUCUCAGAUACCCAGUACAGUUUUUCAAAGAUGAAAAGAAGACUCCCAUUGCAUAGCAGUUCCUGGUUUUACUAUGAGUUUAUAUAUAUUAGGGCUGUCAAUAAUUGCAGUUAACUUACGUGAUUAACAUGUUAAUUUUUUGGGCGAUUAAUUUUUUUAACGCACGUUAAUUGCACUGUCUUGUCCCUCUUGGCAUACAGUAAUUCAUUUCCUGCGGCACCAUUUUAGUGCAUGCCAGGACUGAAUACGUGCAGUCAUCGUUUAAAUAUAAAAUAAGUCACAAAACGGCAUUAUGUAGCAAAGCAUUCAAACUGAAGGACUUGUGAAUGGGACGUUUAUUUUUUUUAAACUUUUUGAAGGUACAUUGGAUAUAAAGAGGGUUACUUGUAUCUGCUGUCAAAGUGAGCUCCAGUAAUCACAGAAGUGCAUCUAGUCUGCUGUACCACCUGCAUGCUAAACAUGCUUUCACUUCUCAAAAUACACUAUCUAGUACUUUUUCUGCUACAGACAUCAAUAAUACAACAACAAAUUAAACCCGUCAGAUUCGACAGAGUACUUUUUAGAAAUUCAGGAUCCCUGCAAACCCAUGAAUCAAAUUAAAUGUAACCAGUAUGUUGGAUAGCUACCAACUGCAGACCCGUUAACAUUGUACCUUUGUUUUAUUUCAAUAACCACAUUUAUUUUUAAACAAUGUUAUUUACAAUUAUGGACGAUACAGCCGUUACUCAGUGAAUGUUUUGUUUUAUUUAAGCAAUUUCAAGUUAUUAAUAAUGAUUUCCAUUACAGGAGUGUAGAUGUUAAAACUUGAUGCUGAUUUGAACUCGGCUUUCGCCAAGAUAAGCACCAACUAAGACGUAGCUUUACAGUAAACUAAUGUGAUCCAUCUGCGUCUCCAUCCACUUGCGUUUCCUUCCAUCUGACGAUGUAGAUAUCCUUCUGCCUGGUGUUGAUGGCUGAAGUGUAAUGCUGGCUCCAGGGAUCAGCUUAUUUUGCCUCCGCAGCAUAUCAGCACACACAAUGGCUGCGAUGCUGGCUCCGGGGAUCAACCACAGUGCGGUCUCCCGAGUGCAUCAGUAAGACAACCGUUUGGAUUGAACGAAGUCUGAUCCAGACCACAAGACAAUAUCUGACAGAAGGUUAGUGGUGGAAAAAUCUGGCAGCAUUUUCCAAUCUCUAGCAGCUUCCAGCUGUCCUGGGCGAGGAUUGGUAUUAACACCUUUUCUUGGCGGUUGCUCUCUUGGGCGGAGGAAUGUUGUCUUUUGUGUGUAAUGUUUUGAUGGAACUGGUGGCAACUUAUUGGUCAUGUUACGCUUGUCUUCCAAUGUUAAGGCCAAACAUCGCAGCACCUGGUCAUGGUGCCAAGUAAGAUGUCCUUGGCUAAGAUCCACCUUACAUCCUGUCAAAAUGUGCCUUAAUGUUGCAGGUGAUGAACACAAAGGAAAUGAGGGAUCCUCUCCUACCCAGAGGUUUAGGUUCUGUGGUGAUGGGAGAACAUCGUAUGCUGGACCUGAUGAAGAAACUGAUCCUGCUCUGUUCCAUUGUUCAUAGGUCUUGCCAGCCAGUCUUGCGUUGUUCCACACUCUCCCAUCUCAUCCAUUCUCCCUGCUUGGCCUAGGAAACGGCCUUUACACACUUCAUCUUCUCCUCCUGCUUCUGCACCUCAUUGACUACGGAGGAACCAUUGAGCUGGGGUUGCCUUGUGCCAUGUAGGAGGAGCUGAACUGAGACCGACCCCCUCUUCCAAGCUGAACUUGCCCCAUGAUAUCACCAAUUCGAAGGGAAGCCUUUGCAUCUUCCAUGGCUUUCUUUGCCGCCCACUUUCUUCCAGUUUUCAAUACAGUCACUGGGAGAACUGAAUACAUUUCACCCUGGACUGUGUAAAUACGUUUCUUCUCUCUCUCGACAAAAAAAAACCCCAAGAAAUCCCCACUGGUUUUUCCCAACAAACUCCAAGCCCUCCCACCCCCCACCACCCCCCAAAACAUGGAUCUGUGCCUGGGCCAGGUGUUCAGCAAGGACAAGACUUUCCGGCCUCGGAAGCGAUUUGAACCCGGGACCCAGCGUUUCGAGCUGUAUAAAAAGGCGCAGGCGUCUCUGAAGUCUGGCUUGGACCUGCGGAGUGUGGUGCAGCUCCCCCAGGGAGAGAACAUCAAUGACUGGAUUGCUGUGCACGUGGUGGACUUCUUCAACCGCAUCAACCUCAUCUACGGCACGGUGAGCGAGUUCUGCACGGAGCGCUCCUGCCCAGUCAUGUCCGGGGGCCAGCGUUAUGAGUACCGCUGGAAAGACAACAACCUGUACAAGAAGCCCACCAAGCUACCCGCCCUCAAGUACAUGAGCCUACUGAUGAACUGGAUAGAGACGCUCAUCAACAACGAGGACAUCUUCCCCACAAGAGUAGGGGUUCCAUUCCCCAAGAACUUCCAGCAAGUGUGCAAGAAGAUUCUGAGCAGGCUGUUCCGAGUCUUCGUCCACGUCUACAUUCACCACUUCGACAGCAUCUGCAGCAUGGGGGCAGAGGCGCACGUCAACACCUGCUACAAGCAUUACUACUACUUCAUCACGGAGUUCAGCCUCAUCGAGCACUCAGAGCUGCAGCCCCUGAAAGCAAUGACUGAAAGGAUCUGCACCUGAUUGAGACCACAGGACCUGGAUGGAGCUUGUUAGGCUAAAGCUACCCGACUGCCAGUCUUUACAUAAAAAAUAUCUGGCUUUACUUUAUAUUGUCACACAUAUGAUACAUCGAUCAUAUUUCUUAUAACGUUCUGACACUUCAAAUGUUCAUGUCAUAAGUCCCAAAAAAGUAUUUAAAAUAAGAUGAUUUGAUAUAACGGGCUUUAGCCAAUGCCUGCAAGUACUACUGCAUCAACUGCUUAAUAUGGCCACCUUGAGAAAGGCUUUCACAUUAAAACCAACAAAAGUACAAAGUGGCCAAGUUACUUUAUAGUCCCUGUAUAGGUAACACUCAAUGUGGAAGUGAAUUGUCAUUGAUUAGUACUCAAUUGUAAAGGUGAGGGAAGUUCAGCUUUUCUUCUUUUGAAAUGAACACAUUAAUGAAUAGGCAUGUUUUGACUAAUUUAAUACCUGAAAACAAAUCCAUCUUGAAGGUAAUUAAACAGAAAAUAUGAGUCUCGGCACACCCCUACUCUGGGAUUCACCUUUUAAUACCAUGUCUGCUUUAAUGUGG